AUGUCCGAGAAGUUUCCAGCCUUAGAUGAUGAACAAAUAGAUGCCUCCAAUGAAAAUAUUGACGAGACUGAUUUCUUAAAGAGAGAAGCUGAGAUACUAGGUGACGAGUUUAAGACCGAUCAAGAUGUUAAUCUGUUAGCCGAAAAUGACGCUGAUGAAUUCGGUACAGAGACAAGCAAUGUAGCAACAGAAAAUGUGGCUGGAGACGACGAUGAAUUCUCUACAAUGCAAAGUUCUGCAAAUGAGCAAGGAAAUGCUAUAGAGUCAUCUGAAAAAGUACUUUCCAACCCAGAUGCUGAAAAGACUAUCAACGAAUGGAGAGACCGUACUAGGAAAGAUAUCGCCGAGAGAGACACUACCUUAGAAAAGGACAAAGCUCAAUUACAAGAAGAUGCUGUAAAACAUAUUGAUGACUUUUAUGAGACUUACAAUACAAAGAAACAACAACAAAUUGAUAGUACGAGAAAGGAUGAAGAAGAUUUCUUGAAGAAGAGAGACGAAUUUUUUGCACAAGAUAAUACCACUUGGGAUCGUGUAGUACAAUUGAUCAAUCAAGAUGAUGCUAAUAUCGUUGGUGGUAGAGAUAGAACUAAGUUCAAGGAAAUUUUACAAAGAUUGAAGGGCAAAACUGACGCACCAGGUGCCUAA